AUGAUGGCUCGGACCAGUGGCCGAAACGAGCUGGGAAUUGCCAAAAGAAGUCCGAUCUCGACGUCUCCAGUCAGCAAAUUCAGGAAGACGGCUCAAGGACCUGGGAAAAACCACAAUACCGCUACGAACGAUGCAGCACCUGAGAAGCACUCACUUUCCCCAGGAGAUGUUUUGAAGGUAUCGAGGCCUGAAGCAGCGAAAAGAUCACAGGAUCAGGCACAAACAUCUGCUUCAAAUUCCAGGAGAUCCACACCAAGUGGAUCCAAGGCGGAUACAGCGAACUCAAAAUCUGCUUCGUCAGCUCCUGGACAACCAGCUCGAAAGCGAAAAUUGGACAUCAUUUCCGAUGGACCUGAACAAAUCACCGGUACGGCAUCCAAGAGGCCUACUCUGACCUCUACCACUGGUUCGAAGCGUCCAGGUAGUGCAACACCAGCAUCAGAGGAUGGUAUUACCCCUGGCUCAGUUGUAGCCCCGAGAACAUCUUCGCGUGAGGUGCCUACGAAGACUAGCGACGUGCCUUGUUCCCCCGCAAAAAAGGGAGACGCACCCCACGGAGCGGCUUCUACGCUUCAGAUAGAGAAAUCGUUGAACGACUCAAUGAUUCGGAUGCCUGGAGGUUCGAAACAGUCACCGGAAGCCAGUACAUUGAUGGACGUCGAUAGUUUAGACCAUGCGACUACUGGUAUAUCAUCUGUUUCCAAGACCACUGAUGUCAAUCCUGUAGAUGAACACGUCGCGAUCGUAAAGAAAGGGAAUGAUCUCCCAAUGAAGGAUCUGAAUCCUACCUCGUCAGCGAAGACGAUCGUAAGCGCCACCAAGACUGCUGCGACACCACCCGUAUCAACAACCGAUCCAGGACUGCUUCCUUUGGAGACUACGAUAGACACGAAUGAGGAGAUCCUACACCUCAAUGGCCUCCCUGAUGUUUCCAACGAGGCACAGCCUUACUUUGAAUAUUCCGUCUUUCAAAAGACCUGGCAGGGCGAGCAGGUCGAAAGCACCCUCCCAGCGACUGAGAUCACCGUGCAACCCUUCACUAGCCUCGAUGACGCAAACGCGCAAGCCGAAAAGGUGUUCCAAAACAAUGCCACCCUCUUUAACGACGUUAUCUUCGGAAAGAGCAACAAUCGGGACGAACACGGAUGCUCCAUCCUCACUGGCUCCAUCACACCUUUUGACAACCCCGCAAACACCUCCCACCUCAAGAUCUGGGUACAGCGCGACCUUGUAUCCGCACUCGCAAACCAGACCCCACAGGCAAUAAGAGGCACAUCGUUCAUCUCAAGCACAUGCUACAUUGUCCGCCUCUUCAAACUAAUCACACAAGCCGACGCUGAAGACUCGUCCUCUUCCUCCUCAUCCGACGCCGGCACCGACUCCCCCGAUCCCCCAACCCAAGAACCAAUCCGUGCCUACCACGCCCACACCCGCCCUGAAAUCUACACCACCCUGUCCGCCGCGAACCGCGCAGCUCGCGCCCUUCAAAUCCAACUCAGCCACGAGAAAGAACCCAAAGAUGCGUUGAGCAAGGCCUUUCAGGAAAAAAACCUUCAAGAGCUCAAUGCAAAGGUGGUUCAACUUCAGUCGCCAUCGGACGAGGGAGGUGGGUGCUGGAAGAGCAGGUUCAACGCCUGUGGACUGGGCGGAGAUAGUCUGGAACUCAUGGUGGAGAAGACGAGUCUUUGCGGACCGAGGAAUCUUUGA